AUGUCGACCAACAAGCGAUCUGUACCUGUCACCUAUAUUCGCGGUGGCACAAGCAAGGCUCUCUUCUUUCAUGAACAUAAUGUGCCUCCCCCAGGUGUCAACCGAGACCGUUUUCUACGACGGAUCAUGUGCUCCCCGGAUCCUCUGCAAAUUGACGGCAUGGGAGGCAGUCACAUCCCUACAUCAAAGAUUGCUCUGAUUAGACCAUCAGAUCAACCAGACGUAGACGUUGACUAUACUUUUGUGCAAGUUGGAAUCGACAAUGACGUUGUGGGCUACAGCGGGAAUUGCGGCAACAUCUCUGCUGGUGUUGGUCCUUUUACUAUCGAUGAAGGGCUGGCCAAGAGGAUCAGACCAGGCGUUAGUCUGGACCCGACCAUCAAAACGCAGGAGGUCAGAAUAUACAACACUGGAACGAAGAAGGUACUUAUAUCGCAUGUCCCUAUCGAUCCCGAAACUGGAAAAUCACUCGAAGACGGGAGUUUCUCGAUUGCAGGUUGUCCUGGCACGGGAGCUCCCAUCCUGAUGGACUACAGCAAUGUAACUGGAGCGUGCCUCAACAAGGGAGCUCUUCCCACCAAUAACGUGUUGGACGAGACCACAAUAGAUGGGUCCAAUAUCCAAUUCACCAUCUGUGAUAUCGGAAAUAUCCUUGUCUUUGUACGAGCCGAUGAUAUGGGGGCUUUGGGCAGCGAAACUUAUGAAGUCCUCGAUCAAGAUAAGCCACUCAUCGCAAGAAUAAGAAAGCUUCGGGGAAAAGCAGCCCAAAUGGUGGGGAUGUGUAAGGACUGGGAACUCGUUGAUGACCAGUCUCCUAUGAUCCCAAUGGUCGUGCUGGUCUCACUGCCGACUAACCCUGACUGCCAUGUCCAGGCAAGAUUGUUUUUGGAUAACAUGUGUCACCCAUCUAUGGCAGGCACUGGAGCUAUUUGUACGGCCGCCUGUAGUCGAAUUCCAGGAUCUAUUGUCACCCAGAUGAUGUUUGAAGGAAACCUUCAGAAACCGGUUAUCGAGAUCCAGCAUGCUUUGGGCCAUAUGCCCGUUGUGGUCAAGGUCAAACCGGGUCUUGAGAACAGAGUUCCAGAAUUUGAGACCCUCUCUUUCAUUAGGACAUCUCGACGCAUCCUAGAGGGGAAUAUCCUGAUCCCAGGUAACGUUAAGGAUUGCUUUGACGACCAGUUCAAUGGAGUCAUUGCCAACGGGGCCUCAUCAGAUAAGGCAUAUCAAAAUGACACUCGUUCUACUGAAGAGUCAAAGCCACUGAUGAAUAGAUCCGCUCCUGCCACGACCAAGGACUUCGCAGAAUUCGUAUCCGGUUUGAGGUAUGACGACCUGACGCCCAAGGCCAAAGAGAAACUUCAACUGCUCUUGUUGGAUUACAUUGGAGUUGCAGCGGCUGCGACCCAACUUAGCGAGUCUUCAGCAUCGUUUGUUGGCUGUAUGAAAGCGCUCAACGGUGGUGGUGUCGCCACUGCAGUAGCAAAUGGUCAGACAUGGCCAGCGCCUCUCGCGGCAAUGCUCAAUGGCGCUCUACACCCUGGUGCGAGCGUCAUCUCUGCAGCGCUCGCUGAAGCCGAGACAAAUGCCAAAGCAACGACUGAAGACUUCUUUACGGCAUUGGCUACCGGCUACGAAGUCACCUGCAGGUUGGGUGUUGCGCUUGGGACCGGAGGAUACGACCUCGGAUUCCACAACGCCUGCACGGCUGGAAUCUUCGGGGCCAUAGCGGUGAUCGGCAAGCUCAGAAAAGGGAAUGCGAAUACGAUUGCUGACGCCUUUGGAAUCGCCAUCUCCAAAGUUUCUGGUUCAAUGCAAUACCUUACAAAUGGAAGUUGGAAUAAACGAUUGCAUCCUGGCUUUGCCGCACACGACGCUUUCAUUUGUUAUACCCUGGCCGAAGCGGGCGUCUUAGGAGCAGCAGAUCCCAUUGAAGGCAAGUUUGGGUUGCUCAAUGUCUACAGCAGCCUCAAAGGACCACUCUCGCCUCGCUCUCCUCUGCCCUUCAAGGAGUGUGGGGAGUUCCUUUCAGUCGCCAUCAAACCAUUCCCUGCUUGUCGCAUGACACACGGGCACAUCGAGCUCGCCACCAAGAUGUCCGAGGGCCAAAAAGCUGGCGUGAAGAGCAUCACCGCGUCCUUAAGCAAGGAAUGCUAUCCAAUUGUUGGCGAACCAAAGCCGAGCAAAGUCCAUCCGAAGAACGUGGUGGAUGCUCAGUUUAGCACUUUCUACCAAACAGCCAUCGCAUGGCUUCAUGGAUCCAAACUCGGCUGGAAAGUCUACGAUUACAUCCAAGACACUCAGGUAUAUGAUCUUCUUGAGAAGGUAAAAACCAAUGUCAAUGACUCGUACAAGGGGUUGGAGACUAGUUUGAAAGUUGAAUGGGAUAACCGAAUAGUGCAGGAAGAAUAUCUUAAAAAUCCUAUAGGGGAGCCGGAUAAUCCGGCCACCUGGGACGAUGUCUGCACCAAAUUUAUGAGUAUUACGGCAGAGGUUUACGGCAAAGAACGGGCAAGAAAAGUUUGCGAGGUUGUUGACAGGCUGGACACACAUGGUAUACAUAAAUUAAUGGACCUGGUGAAAUGA